UGUUAAACAUGAACACUUCCUCUUAAGUUUGGGCAUCCGGUGGAGAAACAUCUGACACCGAGCCUGUAAAACAAGUAUUAAAAUAAACUCUUCCAACUCGUCUUUUUAACAUCAAAAGACUUACAUCUUUCGUUGGAAUACGUGAACAUCAAGAUUAAACAUGCCUCAGAACGAGCACAUUGAGUUGCACCGUAAGCGACACGGCUACCGCCUGGACCACCAUGAGAAAAAGAGGAAGAAGGAGAGCCGUGAGGCGCACGAGCGCUCACACAAGGCACGCAAGCUGAUCGGCCUCAAGGCCAAACUCUACCACAAACAACGACAUGCCGAGAAGAUCCAGAUGAAGAAGACCCUGAAGAUGCAUGAACAGAGAAAGAGCAAACAGAAAGAUGAUGAGAAGACACCAGAGGGAGCCGUGCCAGCGUACCUGCUGGACAGAGAGGGUCAGUCACGGGCCAAGGUCCUCUCAAACAUGAUCAAACAGAAGAGGAAGGAGAAAGCCGGUAAAUGGGAGGUGCCGCUGCCAAAGGUGCGGGCCCAAGGGGAGACGGAGGUGCUGAAGGUGGUGCGUACGGGCAAGAGGCAGAAGAAGGCCUGGAAGCGCAUGGUCACCAAAGUCUGCUUCGUAGGAGACGGCUUCACACGUAAACCCCCCAAAUACGAGCGCUUCAUUCGCCCUAUGGGUCUCCGAUUUAAAAAGGCUCAUGUGACGCACCCAGAGCUAAAGGCCACAUUCUGCCUGCCCAUCCUGGGCGUGAAGAAGAACCCCUCCUCGCCCCUGUACACAACACUAGGUGUCAUCACCAAGGGAACAGUCGUCGAAGUCAACGUCAGCGAACUGGGUCUCGUCACACAAGGCGGAAAGGUCAUCUGGGGUAAAUAUGCCCAGGUAACAAACAAUCCUGAGAACGAUGGCUGUAUCAACGCUGUGCUGUUGGUCUAAUAAAACCUGGACGAUUUCAUGAACUGUA